UCAAGUGUCAUUUAAUGACUGAGCGAAAUAUGUCAAGUGAACAUAUGAAAUUUAACGAAGAAUAUAAGCGCGACGAACAUUUUGAACUUUUUGCUUCCAAAAAGAUUUGAAAAGGCAAAGUCGAAGUCGAUAGAAAAAAAGUAAAUUAAAAACUUUGGUGCCAAAUAGUUCAUAUUUUUGAACUUUUUUUUUUUAUUGAAGUCGUAAGAUCCGGCAUUGUGUCGAAAAUAAAGUAAUUUUGUUAAAAAAAUUCAUAUUAAAUCGAUUAAAAAACAAUAAAAUGGAUGCACUUGUGGGAGUAUCAAAAAUUAGAGUCGACGAGAAUGAUGCAGAAAAGUACAACAGAAGCAAAAAGGUUCAACCAGCCGCUGAAAGAAUAAAGCGCGCUGCUUUAGGUGAUCUGCAGAAUCGUGCAGUAUUGCGGCCCAAUUCUGGGAAGGAUGCUGUACAAAAAAGUACUGCAAAUGCAAAGCUGCAGGCUGCCCUACGCGGCACCAAAGCACGCGUUGAUAGUCGUUGGAAGAAAACUACAGCCAGUUCUACAAACAACGCAGCUGAGUUAGAAAAUAAUGUUAUAGACCAACGAAAAGUUGUAACCCAUUCAAAUUCUGUACGUUUGGGUAUCAAUGCUCUACAGGCAGUAGAGCAAAAAGUCAAGACGUUGUCCACAAAAGCGGUAGAAAAUAAACCACAAAAGUUGGAAGUUGCCAAAAUAAAAACAACGGAUGUUGAAAAAACCCAAACAGUUUCCAUUGUGCCUAGAUUACGUGGAGAAGAUAGUCAGUUAUCGCAAAUAUCACUGAAUAAAAUAAAAGCAGCCAUUUUGUGUGAUGCUAACAAAGAAAAAUGUAAACCAACAGCUAUAGUUCACGCCCAACAAACACAUAAACUUAUAGAAACUGUUUCUGUUGGUACCACAGCCAGACAAGGCCCAAUAACCAGCAACAUUACUUCGCGAUACUACGAAUUAUUUAAACCUUUCUUACAUUCUACCAAAAUAAUAAGUGUCAUCGAAGACAUUGAUGCGACGGAUGCAAAUAUAUUAAUACUAAUAUCAAAUUAUGUUAACGAAAUUUAUGAUUAUCUGUACAGUUUGGAAGAUAGUUUCGCUAUAACUGAAAAUCAUCUUGGAAAUCAACAGGACGUUACUCCAAAUAUGCGUGCUGUACUCGUAGAUUGGAUAAACGAAGUACAUUUGCAAUUCCACCUCGUACCUGAGACAUUUCAAAUGGCAGUAACUAUUAUUGAUCGAUAUUUACAAGAAGUUAAUGAUACAAAACGUUCAGAGUUACAACUAGUAGGAGUAACAGCUUUGUUCCUUGCUACCAAGUAUGAGGAAAUCUUUCCAUCUUCUUUAGUAGAUUUUAUAUACAUCACCGAUAAUACGUACACAGCUAAACAGAUUCUACAAAUGGAGAGAAAAAUUUUCAAAACAAUCAAUUGCAAUUUAUCGCGACCAUUGCCAAUACAUUUCUUGCGUCGGCUUUCAAAAGCAGCUAAAGCUACAGAUAGACAUCAUACAAUGUCUAAGUACUUUCUAGAACUAAUUUUAGUUGAUUAUAAUAUGGCAGCGUAUAAGCCAUCUAAGGUUGCUGCAGCCUCGGUAUUUUUAACACUACAUUUGCUCAACGGAAAUGCAAAUGCAGCAACUGGUUUUAAUGACGCACAUUGGACUCCAACUUUACGUCAUUACUCACGCUAUAGUGCAACUGAUUUACGUCCAAUAACUAUGAAGAUCGCUGCUAUAGCAAGAAAUGCUCCGAACGCUAAGUUAAAAGCUGUUUACUCUAAAUAUCAAUUAUCAAAGUUCGAUAAAAUUUCACUUCGUUCCGAGCUCUACGGUGCACUAAUGGACUCUAUCAUUAAUAGCAAGGAAUAGUUUUCCGUAACUAAUAUAUAUUUUUCAGCACAAAUUGUUAUAUUUUUUAAUUUACAUUUAUCUCGCCUUAUAUCUUGCAUAGUUAUUGCGUUGUUAUAUUGUUUUAUUUUAAUAUAAAUUUAGUUUAAAAUUAAGAACCAUGAAAAUGAGUGACAAUAUUAUGUUUUGUUUGUUGAAUCUAAAAUGCAUGAUUUAUACUUGCUUAUUCCAAAACCUCACAUUAAUUAUACACAAAUUUUUAAACAUCAAGUUAUGGUAUAAGCAAAACCAUUGACUGUUGUUAUAUCUGAAUACUGUAAAAAUUGUCAGGCCUAUUCUGAAUCGCAUGGGAAUGGGAGUUUGUUCCCUGUUCCCAAGUUUGCUAUUCUGAAUAAUUUGUUUUGUUCCCUGGGAGUAUAUAUUUUCUCUUGCAAUUUUUGAAUACCAAAUAUGCUACGUUUAACUUAACUAUUUG